AUGUCCUUUUACGCUUUACUCAAUGAUUUUCUUUGUGGUUACACUGGAUUCAGUGUUUCAUUAAGGGAUUACAUGGCAUGCCUUAUUCGAGGGCAAGCUGGGCACGCUCACAGGGGUGUACAUCCCGUGUGUGCAGAGCAGAACACGCAUGCUGUGAAAGAGGAACCGUCACAGGGCAAGCUGGGCACGCUCACAGGGGUGUACAUCCCGUGUGUGCAGAACAUCCUGGGAAUCAUCUUCUACAUCCGCCUCUCCUGGUGGGUGCUGGCUUGCUUGCCUCUCGUGGAGGUCCCUCCCAUCUGUUGUGGGGGUCCUCCCUGGCCGGCUGGGUCCCACCCACCGGUGCUGCUCACAGGGGUGUACAUCCCGUGUGUGCAGAACAUCCUGGGAAUCAUCUUCUACAUCCGCCUCUCCUGGUGGGUGCUUGAUUGCCUGCCAUGCCAUGUCAUGGGGUUCCCACCUGUUUUGGGUGAGGUCCCACCUGUCAGUUGUGGGGGUGGGGUCCCACCUGUGCUGCUCACAGGGGUGUACGUCCCGUGUGUGGAUGCAGAACUUCCUGGGGAUCAUCAGGAUGUGCACUCACAGGGGUGUACGGUACGGAUAGUGGGCAUAGCAGGUGUGAGCGGGAGCCUGAUGGUCGUGGCAGUCACAUGUGCAAGCACGUUCAUCACAGCGCUCUCCCUCUCUGCUGUUGUUACUAACGGUGCCAUGAAGGGCGGAGGUCCCUACUAUCUCAUCGGCCGUGCCUUGGGGCCAGAGGUGGGGGUCAGCAUCGGCCUCUGCUUCUUCUUUGGCAACGCCAUUGGUGGAUCGCUCUACAUUCUGGGGGCGGUGGAAACUCUUCUCGACGCCAUGCCUCAAAUGGCUCUCUUCCCUCCUCAAGCCAUGACAGUGACGGUGCAGGCAGCAGUGAAUGUGACUGAAGCCGCUGUCAACGGAACCUUGGCUGCUGCGCCAGUAGCAGCAGAAACGGUGCUCUCGGUGUCAAGACACGACAUGCAGGCAUACGGCAUCAUCACCACCAUCUGCCUCUGCCUCAUUGUCUUCGGAGGAGUGCACCUGGUGGACCGCGUCGGAUCGCUGUUCAUCAUCCCGGCCGUCCUCGCUGUCAUCUCCGUCUUCAUCGGCAUAUUCCUCUCCCCAGACGCCGAAUCACCAGCUGGCUUGACUGGUCUCAGCACCACCACUCUCUUCGCCAACUGGUUACCAAGUUACCAGACCACCAACUCCAAUGGCAUACCUGACCCUAACGGCUCUUUCUACUGGGGCUUUAACCAGCUGCUGGGGCUCUUCAACCCUGGUGUGACGGGCAUCAUGCCAGCUGCUGGACCUCUUCUAUCCGGGAGUGACGGGCAUCAUGGCCGGAUCCAACCGCUCAGAGGCGCUGAGGGACACUCAGCGGUCCAUCCCCCUACCCUUCCCAAUGCGCAUUCCUUACCCCAUCCCAACCACAGCCAGCUGCUGGGGCUCUUCUAUCCCACAGACAGCAUAGCGCCUCCUCCUCCUUCUCUCUCUCCUCCCGCUCUCUUAUUCCUCACAGCCAGCUGCUGGGCCUCUUCUAUCCGGGUCCAGCUGCUGGGGCUGUUUUACCCGGGAGUGACGGGCAUCAUGGCGGGAUCCAACCGCUCUGAGGCGCUGCGGGACACACAGCGGUCCAUCCCCACGGGGACCCUGGCAGCCAUUGUCUCAAUGACUGGUCUCUAUGUGGUCUCCAUUCUGCUGUUUGGUGCCGUUGCCACCAGGGACCUGCUUGUCACUGACAGCUGUUUGGCGCUGUUGCCACCAGAGGCCAACUUCACCCAGUUUCAUGCCUCCCUCUUCACCCAGUUUCAUGCCUCCCUCUUCACCCAGUUUCAUGCCUCCCUCUUCACCCAGUUUCAUGCCUCCCUCUUCACCCAGUUUCAUGCCUCCCUCUUCACCCAGUUUCAUGCCUCCCUCUUCACCCAGUUUCAUGCCUCCCUCUUCACCCAGUUUCAUGCCUCCCUCUUCACCCAGUUUCAUGCCUCCCUCUUCACCCAGUUUCAUGCCUCCCUCUUCACCCAGUUUCAUGCCUCCCUCUUCACCCAGUUUCAUGCCUCCCUCUUCACCCAGUUUCAUGCCUCCCUCUUCACCCAGUUUCAUGCCUCCCUCUUCACCCAGUUUCAUGCCUCCCUCUUCACCCAGUUUCAUGCCUCCCUCUUCACCCAGUUUCAUGCCUCCCUCUUCACCCAUGCCAGCUGUCUAACACCAACUCAACCCAUGCUCUCUUCCCCUGUUGAGUUUCAAGACGCCUCAAGCCGCUUCAAACCGCGCUCUAACCACCCCACUUCACCCCUAUUCACGCCUGUUCACCCCCCUCUCCCCUCCCCCAUCUAUCAGGCUCCUCACUGCCACGAUCGCAUGGCCUGUGCCAGCUGUUGUCCAGGUGUGUGCCAGCUGUUGUCCAGGUGUGUGCCAGCUGUUGUCCAGGUGGGCAUUGUGCUGUCAACGCUGGGAGCAGCGCUGCAGAACCUCAUGGGAGCACCUCAGCUGCUGGCUGCCCCGCCCAUAGGUCCCUCCCCUUGUCCCUGCCCCUCCCUCCUCGCCUCUCCCCUCUUCUUUCAGGUGGGCAUUGUGCUGUCAACGCUGGGAGCAGCUUUGCAGAAUCUCAUGGGGGCACCCCGGCUGCUGGCGGCGAUAGCAAACGAUAAUGUGCUGCCAGUGCUAAAUGCGUUCAAAGCGGAGAGCCAUCAAGAGCCGCAUCUAGCCACGCUCUUCACACUGCUGCUCUGCUGCAGCUUUGUGCUGAUAGGAGACGUGGACUACGUGUCGCCAGUCAUCACCAUGUUCUUCCUGCUCUGCUACUGCGGGGUCAACCUCUCCUGUGCUCUCCUCGACCUCGUUGACGCCCCCUCCUGGCGCCCGCGCUGGCGCUGGCACCACUGGCUCGUGUCACUCGCAGGGGCUCUCCUCUGUCUUGUCAUCAUGUAUCUAAUCUCCUGGUUCUUCACGCUCGUCUGUCUCACCCUAGCCGUCCUCAUCUACAUCUACGUCAGCAUGGUGGGCAAGGCGGGCGACUGGGGCGACGGGGUCAAGUCGGCCUACAUGCAGCUCGCGCUGCGCUCGCUGCACUUCCUGGGAGACUGGGGCGAUGGGGUCAAGUCAGCCUACAUGCAGCUCGCCCUGCGCUCGCUGCACUUCCUGGGAGGUGAGUAG